AUGACGGGUUUUUCACGUGAGAAGGGCUUGAAUGAGGAGAAACUGUUCGGAGAGAUUUUCCAUUCUGGCGAGACUGGCUCCGGGGCUGAGCGGACAAGAAGCACUCCAGAAUCGCUAGAGGAACGCCGAGGCACUGAAUUUGUCAAGCACGACGACAGAAAGAUUCCGCAGCCUCCCCCAGGGAAACCGCGAACAGGUCGUGAAAGCGUUUCAAGUAGGUUACCAGAUGGUCGGUGGAAUACGUAUAACGGACAAAUGCCAAACGCUCGAUAUAACGAACUCCAACAACGCAUUCUUCCUGGCGGAGAAGGAGGCGCUCGUUUUAUCCCACCGGACGAAUAUAAGGAAUUUCUACAGCUUGGUCAUGGUGGGGUCUUUGACUUGGAUCUUGACAACAUCGAUGUCGCUCCCUGGCGACGCCGUGGAGCUGAACUCAAUUCCUAUUUCAAUUAUGGUUUCACAGAACGAUCUUGGAGACUGUACAUAAAGGAGAUCCGAAGAGCUCGUAUGGAGCUUCAUCUAAGAAACAGCAUAGAGAUUGGGUUUACAGAAAAUAAUUCAACUGUUGAUACUGACUUGCCACCAGAGGUGAGACGAGCGUUGGGUGGAUGGGAGUAUGAGGGUCAGUCAAGAUCGACGUCACUUCCUCCAGUGGGCUCAUCGCACGAGGUGUUAGGAGUAAAAAAUACGGAAUACUUGCUCCAGCCAUCUGAAAAUUUCCACAAUGAGUCUCAAGUAAACACUCAACAACUGUACGAGGGAACACGGCCUGCACAAGUGAAAAUGAACUCACAGCAACAGUCAAUGGAAGCCAAGCUUGCUGGUGGAGAAAUGACGCUCGAAGAACUCCGCGAAGAAGCCCAAAAUAUUCAGUCCGAAUAUCGUGCUCUUGUUGCCUCUAGCACUCUUUCCUCGGCAAAGAAUUACGAACUACAGAGCAAGAUGCUAGAGAUAAAAAAGAGAAUCGCUCAGUAUCAAGCAUGA